UGCACGGAGAUGAGGAAGGGGACGUAAGAGUGUCUCGUUUUUGUGCGUCUGGACACGGGCGUAACGCAGUAUUACAUCUGUUCACCUGACCGGGCUCAUGGAGACUCCAGCGAAAUACUUCUCGUCCGUGCUCGCCUGCAACACCAUCCCGUUCCCACUUGGAGUGAUUAUGUGGAACGUGACCGACACGGAGGCGACCUUAGAUGCGAGGAAAGACUUGGUGGUCCGUGCCGUAACGGGAUGCCUGCUCGCCGUGCUCAUCCUCUGGACGCUGCUCGGGAACAUUAUGGUGUGCACUGCCGUGCUCAGGUUCCGCCACUUGAGAUCCAAAGUCACCAACAUUUUCAUAGUUUCCCUGGCAGUUUCGGAUUUAUUCGUUGCUGUUCUGGUGAUGCCAUGGAAAGCAGUCGCCGAAGUGGCAGGUUACUGGCCGUUUGGUUCCUUCUGUAAUAUUUGGGUAGCUUUCGACAUCAUGUGCUCCACAGCAUCUAUCCUCAACCUCUGUGUUAUAAGCGUUGACCGCUACUGGGCAAUAUCAAGUCCUUUUCGAUACGAGAGAAAAAUGACCCAACGAGUGGCCUUUGUGAUGAUUAGUCUGACCUGGACACUGUCUGUACUCAUAUCCUUCAUUCCGAUCCAACUAAACUGGCACAAAGCCAGCGUGGAAAUUAUCGGCCCAAACAACACCACGAUGGAAGAGCCAGUCGAAGAGAAUUGCGACUCUAGCCUCAACAGAGAAUACGCCAUCUCCUCGUCUUUGAUAAGUUUCUAUAUCCCUGUGGCGAUUAUGAUUGUGACAUACACCCGCAUCUAUCGGAUUGCUCAAAUACAGAUACGGAGGAUAGCGUCUCUGGAGCGCGCGGCUGAGCACGCACAGAGCUGCAGGACGAACAGACUCGAGUGCCAACACCACAAUACCUUGAAAACGUCCAUAAACAGGGAAACCAAAGUUCUGAAAACUCUUUCUGUGAUAAUGGGUGUAUUUGUCUGUUGCUGGCUACCUUUCUUUAUUCUGAACUGCAUGGUUCCUUUUUGUGAUAAACCACCCACCGACCAGGAAGCUGGACUACCGUGUGUCAGUGAAACUACUUUUGAUGUGUUUGUGUGGUUCGGCUGGACCAACUCCUCUCUAAACCCCAUCAUAUACGCGUUCAAUGCAGAGUUUAGGAAAGCCUUUGCAAAUCUGCUCGGUUGUCGUAACUUUUGCUCCAGUACACCGGUUGAAACAGUGAAUAUAAGUAAUGAACUCGUCUCAUAUAACCAAGACACUUUAUUCCACAAAGAGAUCGUCAACGCGUAUGUGAACAUCAUCCCAAAUGUCGUGGACUGUAUUGACAACGAAGACACCUUUGACCGGAUUUCUCAGUUUUCUCAUAAUAACGAAAUAGCGACCGAUUCGGUUUGUGACUUAAACGAUUGCGAGACAGAUAUUUGUCUAGACAGGUUAACACCGUUCACUCCAAAUGGUUUACACUGA